AUGGAUCAAGAUCAGUACAGCCAGGGCUACUACUCCCGCCCAGCAGCUGGACUGCCGUCACAGGCCACCACGGCCGCCGGAACCCCUCUUCGCCCCGGUACGCCUAAUACUGAGAACAGCCGCAAUCCCUUUGGCGAUGGUAUCGAGUCGCAAGCUUCCCAGAGAGGCCCCAUGGCCGGCACCCCAAUGGGUACAAACCCAUUCGGCACGCCUGCCGUCUCGCGACCUGCCUCGAGCUUCGGCUCAUCCAGUGCCAUUGGCGCCCGCUUCGACGAGCGCUCCCAGCGGUAUUUCCACUCGAGACGUAUUCGCAAGGAGGAUGUCGAAAAGCCUUGGUUGGACAAGGCCGACCCCAAGGAGAAAUGGGUCACCAUCAUUCCUAUUAUCGGUAUCUUCAUUGGUCUCGCCGUCUCUGGCUUCCUUGUCUGGGACGGAAUCAAUAGUGUCGUAAAGCACAAGUACUGUCCCAUUCUUAUGGAGGAUUUCUCCGGCGGCAGUCUCGACAGCAACAUCUGGACUCAGGAGGUGCAAGUCGGCGGCUUUGGCAACGGUGAAUUCCAGCAGACCACUGCCGAUGGCGAGAACGUCUUCCUCAAGGACGGCAACUUGGUCAUCCUUCCCACUCUCCAAGACUCCGCUCUCAUUGAGAAGGAUAAUGAGAUUGACCUGCUCAAGGACGGAACUUGCACUUCUACCGAGUUCUCUGCCUGUGUUGCUGCUACCAACACCACCUCCGGCAACUCUUCCAUUGUUCCCCCCACCAAGUCUGGCCGCAUCAACACCAAGAAGGGUGCUACCCUCAAGUAUGGCCGCGUCGAGGUCGUCGCCAAGCUCCCCAAGGGUGAUUGGCUCUGGCCUGCCAUCUGGAUGAUGCCCGUUGAGGAUACCUAUGGUGCCUGGCCCCUCUCGGGCGAGAUUGAUAUCAUGGAGUCCCGCGGUAACAACUGGACCUAUGCACAGGGUGGUAACAACAUUGUCUCCUCUGCUCUGCACUGGGGCCCCGACCAAGCCAACGAUGCCUGGUGGAGGACCAACAACAAACGUCAGGCCCUGCACACGACAUAUAGUGAUGAGUUCAAUACUUUUGGGCUUGAAUGGUCCCAGAAGUACCUUUUCACCUACGUCAACAGCCGUUUGUUGCAGGUCCUCUAUACCAACUUUGACGAGCCCAUGUGGCAGCGUGGCGACUUCCCCCAGACCAACUCCAAUGGUUCCCGUCUAGAGGAUGUCUGGAGUCAAACUGGCCGUUCCAACACCCCCUUUGACCAGAAGUUUUAUCUCAUCAUUAACGUGGCUGUCGGCGGUACCAACGGCUGGUUCGAGGAUGGCCAGUCUGGCAAGCCGUGGGUGGGAAACGGCCCCAACGUCAAGAAGGAUUUCUGGAAUGCUCGCGACCAGUGGUACCCUACCUGGACCCAACCCGAGCUCACUGUUCAGAAGGUUUCCAUGUGGCAGCAGUGCGACGGCAACGAGGAUCUGUAG